GUAUCAGAGCUAUUAUUCGAGAUCCCCCUUGGCGCAUCCCAUAUCACCUAGCGCAAGCCAUGCGUUUCUCAUUCCUCCUCGGCGCUCGCUGUUAUUGCUGCUUUGGCAACAUGCAUCUCUGUCGGUGCCGCGCUGUGCCUGGCUAAAGACGACCUUUGCGACAACCCCAUCGAUUUAGACCGCUGCCUAGGUCUUACUUGUAGCUCAGGUAAACUCAGCUUAGAAAAGUACUGCCAAUCCAAUACACAUACGCCAACGAUGCAAACGACUAUGGCGGGCUGGGAAGGAGAUGGUAUAAGUAAUAUUCCAACCCACUUCGGAGACACAGACUCACCGGGACCAAUGCUCUCCCUCUCUGAUAUCGCAGAGGAAUUGCGAUGUCAUAUCCUGGGCUCGAUGACAUUAUACGCUGUGCAUUGACCUGCCGAACGAUGUCCACGACAGUCAAAAACUCUGUGGAGCUGCAAUAUGCCAUUGAACCUGGUGCCCAAGGAUUGGUGCAGGCUCAUCACGGUCAACUACUGUCUCCGAGUUCACACCAGACUACUUGCGCACACUCAGAGAGCAGGUGGACGCGUGGAGUUCCUUCAAGCUCGAUGUGGCGAAAAGACUUGAUUAUGACCGCCGACAUAUGGCAAACUUCCAACUCCAAAUACCGAGUAAAUUUAGCGCACUCAUGCGAUUGGUGGAGAUGCCGAACACAUAA